CAGGGCCCCCUGUUUGAAUGGAUGUCUCAUAGCUGGAUGACUACCACAGUGGUUGAGCAUUAUAACGUGCUUCCUUAUGCCAUGAUUCUGUCAAGCUGGUAUUCAAGGGAAUUUCCCUCAAUUAGCUUGCAGAGAUCCAAUGUGAGCAGCAUUCUGAAAAUUGAGGAGAAUUUUGGUGAAAAAUUUUCUGAAAGAGAGCAAGUUACCUCAAAUGGAUUGCAGAAUAUUAGUGUGGAACAGGGAAAUAUAGAGAUCAAUAGCUAUCUAAUGCUGGAAAAUCCCUGUUAUGCAGAAGUUAACAAUGAGGGGCAGUGCAAUGAUGGGAACUGCAACAGUGCAAAGUACCUUGUUAAUGAGAAAGCUGUUACUGAGAAAUCUAAGACGAUGGAUGAAGAUGCUCAAGAAACAGAACAAUCUGAUAAAUCCUGGGACAUCACUCACCCAACUCUAAAACAGUUGGAGAACCUUGUUAAUGAGAAAGCUGUUACUGAGAAAUCUAAGAUGAUGGAUGAAGAUGCUGAAGAAACAGAACAAUCUGAUAAAUCCUGGGACAUCACUCACCCAACUCUAAAACAGUUGGAGAACCUUGUUAAUGAGAAAGCUGUUACUGAGAAAUCUAAGAUGAUGGAUGAAGAUGCUCAAGAAACAGAACAAUCUGAUAAAUCCUGGGAGAUCACUCACCCAACUCUAAAACAGUUGGAGAACCUUGUUAAUGAGAAAGCUGUUACUGAGAAAUCUAAGACGAUGGAUGAAGAUGCUCAAGAAACAGAACAAUCUGAUAAAUCCUGGGACAUCACUCACCCAACUCUAAAACAGUUGGAGAACUGCAUUGAUGCAAAUUGUAGUGGUAAAGACACAAUUAGUGCAGAGAACUCCAAGAGGGCAGAUAAAGAAGUUCAAGAAGCAGAAAAACUGGACGGAAACUGCAAAAAUGCACAAUUUAGAGGUAAUGCGACAGUUGCUACUGACAAAUUUAAGAUGGAGACUGAAGAAGCUCAGGAACUAGAACAAUCAGAUAAAUUCUUGGACAUUAAUCACACAACUGUGAAAGAGUUGGAGAAUUGUAGUGGUGAAGACACAACUGGUACUGACAACUCCAAGAGGGCAGAGACAGAAGAUAAAGAAACAGGAAGCCUUGAUGCAUUAUCGGACAUCAGUCACUCAACUGUGAAAAAGUCAGAAAAUUGUGUUUAUAUAGAUUGUAUAAGUGAAGAGAACAGUGGUAGUGACAAUGCUAAGAGGGUGGAGAAUAAAGUUGAAGGCACUAAAAACUCUGAUACAGGUAAACUCACUCACUCAACUGUCGAAGGGUUGAGAGACUCUAUCAGUGGAAAUUCUAGUGGCAAACAUACAAUUGAUGCAUACAAUAGUAAGGAGAUAAAGAAAGUAAUCAAAGACACAGAAAAGCUUGAUAAAUCUUUGGAUACCAUGAACAAUGAGGAUUCUGAAGAUUCAAAACAGGGUCCUACUAAUGAACUCCAGAUAAGCUGCUUCCUUCCCAGAAAAAGGCAGCAGACGGAUGAUGGUGGAGUUAUAAUGAGAUUUACCAAAAACGGGGACAAGAAUAAGAGUGCAGAUUCACCUAUGCGAGUUUACCAUCACCAGAAAAGGAAGAUUCCUGUAAAGAGUGGUGCAUGUGCUUCUGUAGGUGGAGCUGUCAAUGUGGAGUCAGCUGGUAGCCCAAAAUCAAAUAGAUUUAAUAGUAGAGAAGGAAAGGAUUCUGGAAUUGGCAUCAAUUGGACUCUCCCAUACAAUCUAAAUUGGACUCAAGGGGAAGAUUAUGCACCAGUUUGUCUUGAGCCAAAUGCCAGAAGUGUUGAAACUCAGCAGGCUACACUUGUAACAAAAGACGUAGCACUGGCACAGACUGCUUUGGGACAUUUAUUCAGUAAAAGAGCAAAAAUGUGUCAUCAAGCUCGCCUCAUGCAUGAUGAGAUUGCAGCUUGUGAUCAAAACAUCCAGAAGAUCAUAGAGGGCAAUGAGGAUGCUUUGGCUCUUAUGUUAGAUGCCAUCAUGGAUGGUUGUAAUGAUGCAUGCUUCAAAGAUAAAUAUCAGCAUGAGAGUUAUCAACAUGGUGGCCAUCGUCGCUUAAAUCAACUCAGAACCACAAAGAGGAUAUCAGAUGCCAUCUUUAAUUUGCGGUCUCCUACUCAGGAUUUGAAUGGUAUAUGUGGUGUGAAUGGCUGGAUGGUCAAUUAUUCCGUGUCAGCCCCAGAUGGUGGAUUUUUAGCUAAGGUAACUGUAGAAGGCAUGGAUUUUGAUUCUUCCUGUUUCAGUGAAUUGCUUUCUACUCCUGAAGAAGCUACAGAUUCAGCUGCUGCACUGAUGAUUGCGCAGCUACGAGCAAUGGCAGGCCACACCUAAUAGCCGUUUCAUCAUAGUGAAAUGGUUAUCAAGUUUUAUAUGUAUCUAUCCUAGAUAACUAUUUUAUAUAGGCUUCGGUGCUUCUGGGCUGUCCAAAUUUAGAAUAUCAAAUUUCUCUCUGAAAUUCUGUCCUGUG